AUGGCGGGGCUGGAGGUGCUCUAUGCGUGCUUUAUGGACGGGAUCAACUGUGGCAAUGAUGCUGUGGUGUGUUUUGUUCACUGGGAGCUGAUCAAAGGAGGAUACAGGUGCAUCGGCUCUGGAGACGAGGCGCGCAGCAGUGAUAAGAAGUCGGAGCUGCUCCCUGCCGACUGGAGUAGUAACAAAGAGCUGUACACUCUAAGAUACAAGCCCACAGACGCAGACACACUGUACAUGCUCAAAGGCAUUCCCAUCGACUCUGCGCUUCUGUUCAAUUUUAUGAACACAAGCAAUGAGCAAGUGUUGGACUUGGUACUAAACAUCAGUGACUAUGUGAAUACCGACCAGCUACAAACAUUUGACAGAUCGGCCUCCAGAGAGAGCAGACCUCCAGAGGGAACAGCCUCCAGAGGGAGCAGUCUCCAGAGGGAGCAGUCUCCAGAGGGAGCAGUCUCCAGAGGGAGCAGCCUCCAGAGAGAACAGCCUCCAGAGGGAACAGCCUCCAGAGGGAGCAGUCUCCAGAGAGAACAGCCUCCAGAGGGAACAGCCUCCAGAGGGAACAGCCUCCAGAGGGAGCAGUCUCCAGAGAGAACAGCCUCCAGAGGGAACAGCCUCCAGAGGGAACAGCCUCCAGAGGGAGCAGCCUCCAGAGGGAGCAGCCUCCAGAGAGAACAGCCUCCAGAGGGAACAGCCUCCAGAGAGAACAGCCUCCAGAGGGAACAGCCUCCAGAGGGAGCAGCCUCCAGAGGGAGCAGCCUGUGA